GAGUUUCUUCUACACCCGCUAUGAACCAUGUCUUUGGGAUGUGAAAUGUGUCUGGACGCCAACGACGUCAGGCUCGACGUCAUAAAAUGCAGCAUAUAAAAACUAGAGUGCCGGUCAAUCUUUCUUGUUCACCAACUAGAACGUUUAACGCACAUUAAGAUGGAGGCUAAAGAUUGCACUUGCGUCAGUGACUGCGGCGCAUGUGGCCCCUCGGGCACUGACUGUACUUGCCCCAAGAAUAAUUGCGACUGCGAUAAGUGCGACAAGAAGCAAGUCUCUUCCCAAUGCGACUGCAAAGGUACAGGUGAUAGCUGCGGCUGCAGCCUCUCUGGCGCUACUUGUACUUGCCCCAAGAAUGAAUGCAACUGCGUCGGUUCUGUCAACAAGCAACCCUCUUCGCAAGUACGCAGUCAAUUGCACUCCUUAUUUACAAUGGUCCUCAUAACACCAGUGCAACUGCGGCCCGUCGGGCACUGGUUGUACUUGCCCCAAGAAUAAUUGCGGCUGCGACAAUUGUGUCAACCAGCAACAGUCUUCGCAAGUACGUAGUUAAUUAUACUUCUGAUUCGCCUUACCCCCUCAUCACAUCAGUGCGAUUGUAAAGGUACAGGUAUCAACUGCGACUGUACCAAUCAGCAAGAGGCAUGCAACUGCGCAACAAAGUAGUUGUCUACAUGAUGAUAAAUUCAUCAGAAGAUGCCGCCGAGUAUUCAUUCAGCCCCUUUUCUUAUGUUAUGACUUCUGUAUCGACAGUGGCGCAUAAAAUGUUGUAUUACUAUAGUUCUUUAGGCUAGCCGCUUCGUGACAUUGUUUCCUCUUGAGUUCGAAAAUACAAGAAACUUCAAUACA